AUGUUGUCCCCUGACGGCUCUGAAAUCCCACAGGUGUUUGUGCCCCGGUUUUGGACACCCCCCGAUGAUCCAGACAAGCCGCCAUUCCCAUACAUCGCUGGAUUCACCACACAAAUCCACCGCCAUGUGCCCCCUCCAGCAUUCGGCGCACAAGAUUACGGCCCCGAGCCCAGACCACAGCUAUCACCGGAUUACAUGCGAAGCGUGCCGCAGAGCAAGUUGGUCGUCGACAACACUCCCAUGGAGACGCCACCGUGCCAGGCAGACACUGCACAGCUGACCAUCACCAAUCCCAUCUCUGUGGGAGGCGCCAACGGCGCCCAAGUCGUCACGUGCUCCAUCACCCCCGGCCAAGAGACCGCCGGCCAGCCCUUCCGGGCGGUCGCCAAGAUAUACGACGCUUUGUACUAUGAUUUCUCGGAGUCGAUUGCCCACGAGCCCCGCGACGUUGUCACCGAGGCCGACAGGGACUACAGCCGCGAGGCCGCCGCUUAUGAGCACCUUCAGGAGACGGGACAGACCGGCUCCUUUUGCCCCGCCUACUAUGGCUCAUGGUCCUUCAUACUUCCCAUCACCAGCAGGGGUAAAGCCCAGACAAGGCCCAUCCGCCUAGUCUUGAUUGAGCACCUCGAAGAGACCAGUAUGCGCGGCAGCCUCAUCCAGAACGGUCCCAGGAAUAUGGGCAAGGAUGCUUUUCACCUCCCAGAAGAGUAUAGGCUUGAGGUACUGGCGCUCGCUAUGGACGGCUACGUCAAACAGCUGCACUCCGGCAUUGAUCAGCUAGACUUUGCCGGGCGGAGCCUCAUGCUCGACCCAAGGGGCCCCCCGGCCAAGCCCGGUCAAAGCCGCCCUGUGGUCGCGGGCCUGCCCCUGCCGCGCAUUGUGCUUAUCGACUACAACGCGGCCAUUGUGUUCAGCCAGGCCAAGAGACUCAAGAGGCCGCUGCAACUAGACUGGCCGAGCCCGUGUAACCCGAUGAUAUACUUCUGGGAUGAGCCCAUGGAAGGCUUUGGAGGAUGGAUCCCUCAUGAAUGGCAUUACAAUCCAAAGUACGUUCAGGAGUGGCUCAAGGCGAGGUUUGGCACAGAGGAGCAGCGGAAGCUGUACGCUCCUGUGGAAGAAGAGCCGGUCGUCAGAGAUUACGACCUGCCUGAGUAUCAGUGA